AUGGCUAGCAGCAAAACCAGCUUUCGACUUCUUUUACCUGUUUUCCUCAUUUCGUUAACUGUAUCUGUUCCCUUAAGAGCCAGUUUGACCAACUCUGGUGCAAAAAAUUUCAGUAUGGCUUGCUUUGAGGAGGAGCGGAAAGCCCUUCUUGAAUUCAAACGCAGCCUUGGUGAUUCUUUACCCGGACUUUCAUCUUGGAUAGGGGAAGACUGCUACAAGUGGACGAGCAUACGGUGCAGCAACCAAACCAGCCAUGUUAUCCAGCUUGACCUUAGCAACAUCUGUGGAGAGGGAAGUGAUAAUCCAGCACCUGAUGCUCCCAUGUCGGCAUGCUUAGGUGGUGAGCUAUCUGCUUCUUUAGUUAAUCUAACAGCCUUAAACUACUUGGACUUGAGUGGCAAUACUUUCAAAAGUAUUCCCAUCCCAAGUUUCAUAGGUUCACUCCAGAAGUUGAGGUACCUUGACCUCUCCGACUCGGGUUUUGUAGGAUUGUUCCCACCUCAUCUUGGAAAUCUUUUACAGUUGAGGACCCUAGACCUUUCAAAAAACUCAAUCUCCGGUUCACUCCCAGCAUCAAUAGGAAAUCUUAUCAACCUGGAAACAUUGGACCUAUCCGAAAACAAAAUAUCUGGUCCACUUCCUGUGUCAGUAGGAAAUCUGUCACAUUUGAAUAUCCUAGACCUUUCCUUCAACAUGAUUAAUGGUCUCAUUCCAAAGAGUAUUGGACAACUUAGAGAAUUAGGUUUCCUGAAUCUCUGGUCUAAUCAAUGGGAAGGCAUCAUAAGUGAGAGUCAUUUUGAAAACCUCACAAGAUUGUCUAAUCUUCAAUUAUCAUCGAAGUCUCUGGUUUUCAACUUCAGUCAAGAGUGGACUCCUUCCUUCAGUGCACCUUUCAUCAGUAUCAGUAUCCGUGAUUGCAAAUUUGAGAUGUCAUCACUGUAUAGCCUAGACCUUUCUAGGAAUAAUCUAAGUGGUAGCAUUCCCCAUUCACUAACUACAUUGCCAAUGUUGGGCUCUAUUGAUCUCUCAAGGAACUUUUUAUCCGGAAGUAUCCCCAAGGAUUGGCAAGGUUCAAAAGGAAUGUCGACUAUAGAUCUUUCCAAUAACAAUCUAUCUGGUCAAAUUCCACCAAGUUUGUGCUCUCAGCAACCUUCACUUUUCUGGUUGAGAUUAAGUAAUAAUAAUCUUUCUGGGGAGCUUGGACCGUCCUUGCAAAACUGUCGAAACUUGUACACACUCGAUCUUGGAGGGAACCAGUUCUCCGGAACCAUACCAGAGUGGAUUGGAGAAGACCUACAUUCCUUGGGAAUUUUACUUCUUGGAGAGAACAAGUUCUUGGGUAGUAUACCUCGACAACUGUGCACUCUCGAUUCUCUUCAUGUCUUAGACCUGUCUCAAAAUAAUCUAUCAGGAUCUGUCCCAAUAUGCCUAGGUAAUUUGACGCAGUUGACAAAGUUAAGUGGCAUGCCUCAGCCAUUUCCUUCUGGUAUGGAUCUAUGGCAUAUUGAUUUGGAUCCGAAAGGCGUAGAAUAUGAAUACACUACUAUUCUACCCCUUGUAAACACCAUCGAUCUCUCAAGCAACAUGAUAUCCGGCAAUAUACCAGAAGAGAUGAGAAACCUAUCCAACUUGGGUUGCUUGAAUUUAUCUCGGAAUCUAUUGACAGGAAAGAUACCGGAGGAUAUUGGAAGCUUACAAAGGUUACAGGCACUUGAUCUUUCCUGUAACAAUCUUCAGGGUCCAAUUCCUAAAAGCAUGACCUUUAUGACUUCGCUGAGCAAACUGAACUUGUCUGGGGCAAUCCCAUCCGCUAACCAAUUCCAAACCUUCAAUGAUCCAACUUUAUUUGAAGGAAAUCUGGGUCUCUGUGGCGCUCCGUUGACAACUCAGUGCUCAUCAUCCCCUGAUGGGAAUCCAGAAGUUAAAGAAGAUGCAGGCGAUGAAGAUGAAGAAGGGUCUGGAAAGAUAUGGUUCUAUGCAAGCACUUCGAUGGGGUUCAUUAUGGGAUUUUGGGUUGUUUUUGGCAGUUUGGUGCUAAAGAAGUCAUGGAGACACGUCUAUUUCAAGUUUGUCGACGACAUGAAAGAUAGGCUCAUUUUGGUAGUCACACGGAAAUAG